UCCGCGGGGGGCGGGGCUCCAGCCAGGCUCCGCCCCGGGGGGGGGGCGGCAGCGAGCGGCGCGCGGGUCCGGCAGCAGCCACCGGGCCAUGGGGGACCCCGAGGCCCCCCCGGAGCCGCUGGUGCUGGCGCUGCAGCGCGGCCGGGUGCUGGUGUGGGGCGCGGCGGCGGCGCGGGCGCUGCGCGAGCGGCACCGCGUGUGCGGGGUGCUGGUGGGGGCCCCCCCGCGGCGCGGAGCUGCCCGCGGCCCCCGCCUGCCGCUGCAGCUGCUGCCCGAGGAGGCCCGGCUGCUCGCCGAGACCGGCGCCGCCGUCCUCGUGCCCCCCCCGGAGCCCGGCGAGGGGCCGCCCCCGGCAGCGGCAGCGCGCUACGCGGCCGAGCUGGCCCAGAGCUUCGCGGAGCAGCAGGAAGCGGCCGAGGGGCAGCGACAGGCCCGGCUGCAGCACCUGCCCCCCAACCAACGCCCCACAGGUGCCCCCGCCGCGGCCCUGCCCCCCCGGGCGCUGCUGGUGCAGCUCCCCACGGCGCGGGAGGGGCCGGCGCUGCCCCCCACCGCCGCCCCCCCGGACUGGGGCCGCCCCGCGCCCCACUGGCCCCACGGCGGCCGCCCCGGCCACGAGCGCCGCUACCGCGUCUACCGCGACCUCUGGGCCCGCGGCCUCCACCUCACCGCCGGCGCCAAGUUCGGCGGCGACUUCCUCGUCUACCCCGGCCCCCCGGAGCGGUUCCACGCGGCGGCCGUGGCCCUGUGCCCCCCCCCGGGGGCCCCCCUGGCGCUGGGGGCCCUGGUGGCGGCCGCCCGGCUGGGCACCCACGUGCGCAAGACGCUGCUGCUCUGCGCCGCCCCCGCGGGGGGCGCCCCGGCCUACACGUCCCUGCAGUGGGGCCCGCCCUGACCCACGGCGGCGACCCACGGCGACACUGCGACCCACAGCGCUCACCCGUACAGGACACUGCUGCUCUGGGUCACCUGGACCCCCCAGUGUGUGACCCCCCAGCCCCUCCCCAGCCCCCCCACCGCAGGCCCAGCCUGCCAAGCCAGGGCCCCACAGCCAUGGGGCAGCCCCCCCCACCCCCCCCAGUUAUGGGGCAGGAACUGGAUCCCCCCAUUUCACCCCAUUGUUUUUUUAAUAAAAUCUUUACUGAGAAAAACAA